CGUUCUGGCCGCAGCGGCUGCGCUUCUUCGCAUGCAUAUAAGCCUGACCCCACUUGCUAAGUGCCGUCAGCAUCACCUCUUACUUGCGCGCUACUAGUAUGGUCAAAGCCUCUGACGUCCUUUUAAUUCUUGUUGCUAUCAUCUUUCCGCCUGCAGCCGCUGCUUUUAUCACCGGCUGUAGCUGUGACUUACUCAUUAACAUAUGUUUGACUAUCUUGGGAUAUUUCCCCGGACAUAUUCACGCCUUUUGGCUCAUCUACAGGAAGAUGCAAGCUGAAGAGAGGUAUGGGUACGGGGGGUUCUAUUGUACGUAAUCUCCUUGCCAUUCUGUGCAACUGCGGCUGAGACUGUGACGUAACAGACACUGGCAACGGGCAUUACCAGGCUCUCAAUCAAGGUUCUGCUGCUCCUGUAAACUAUGGCACGGCAGGGCCUUAGAUUAUUUGUCACUCGG